AUGGCACGGAAAUUGCCCGAAUCCUACGCGUCCCCAGACAUUACACUCGUCAACCUCACACAUCUUCUUGCUCGCCUCGAAAACAACCUCAUAUCUCCAUCUGCAGAUCUCAAACUUGUACAUCGAUCCCCCUACCAUCGAGCUAGAGUUGGCGCUAAUAUCGAGUACUCGCGGACCCUGCUCAUGAAACUCGAACUCUCCCUCCCAAACAUCAAAAUCCAAGCUCGCAAAGUCUCUCUCCAGACAAACCUUGCCCAUAAACGGCAACAAAUUAAGGCUCUUAAAGCCCGGCUAGAUGAAAUCACAGCCAUAGCCGAAGCGGAGCCAGAUACUCAGACAUUCUCAAACCACAUCUCCGCCGCCGCCAAAAUGUGCAGAUCUAGCGCCAACGAAGGAAGAAGAAACAAAAGAUGA